GCAGGAGAAUUGGGAGGCAGAGGUCACACCACUGCCACACACUGUCACACCACUGUAAUGCUGGGAUCACACCACUGCGCUCCAGCCUGGAUGACAGAGCAAGACUCCGUCUCAAAAAAAAUUUUGUGGAGCCCAUAUUUUCUCACUGACAUGAAAAAUGUUUCAAAGAUGGAAUACUGUUCAUCAAGCCAUGGCAAUGGAAGUGAGGAUAUUGGAUUGCAUAACUGUUUACAACCUCACUGUUAGUAUCCUGCUUGGAUAGUUGGUCUCAUCACUGUAGCAUCUUUUAUGUACAGCAGAGGGCAGAAGCUCCUUGGCAUGUAUGUGAGGGAACCACAUAAAUGGCCGAUUUUCCUGAGAAAGGAGGAUGUACAAACACUCACAGAAUAAAGCCUUUGUAAAGGAAAGGCAGCUGAUGAGAUGGAGUGCUUCCUUCAUCCGCAGUGGGUCUGUAGUCACGAGCUCUCCCACUCGCAAUCACUUUUUGUAGCUACUGGACACACUAGGCAUCUGACCUGCCGUCUUCCUUGUUUGUCAUGUCAUAACCAUAUUCUGUCCUUGUUUAUUGCAGUUCUCUGGUUAGUCUGGAGUGUUUGCAAGUUAGUCUUCAUAGUGGCAGCUCCUGCCUGCUACAGGACAUUUAUAUAUGAGAGCAUACCAUGGCAGGAAUGCUGGAAAUAUGGUGUCAGCUUACACAGUUGCUUCAGCCAAAUAAGGGCAGUAACUUCAGUCCAAUAAAAGCCUCAUCACUUACCAACUAAAUCAGGGCAUGGUAUUUUUUUCUUUUUAAAGCAUAGUUUUAGUAAUAUAUUUACUGAAAACCUUAGACAUUAUGAAAAAAGUCAGGAUUUGGAAUCUUACACUGCUUGGCUAAAUUAACACUAAAUAUAGACCAACAGUUUCAUGCUGGGGCUUAUGGGCCUCAUAGGAGCACCCGUAUGCUGAAGAAAGGCAAAGAAAGAACUACAGAAUUUGUAGAAAAGUUCUGUUGUAGUCACUUCUGAACAAUUCGUUUUUUUUGUUUGUUUGUUUGUUUGUUUUCUGGUAACCUAGCAGUCAAAGCUCACAUUUUUGGACAAUGACUCAUUCUUCCCAGGACACUGGCUCUUGUGGCAUUCAGGAAGAUGGAAAGCUUUAUGUGGUGGAUUCCAUAAAUGACUUAAACAAACUAAACCUCUGUCCAGCCGGAUCACAGCAUCUGUUCCCUCUAGAGGAUAAAAUCCCUGUCCUUGGCACAAACUCAGGAAAUGGAAGCCGGAGUCUGUUUUUUGUGGGGCUGCUAAUUGUGCUGAUUGUCAGCCUGGCACUGGUUUUUUUCGUGAUAUUUCUAAUAAUUCAAACUGGAAACAAGAUGGAUGAUGUGUCCAGAAGACUAACAGCUGAAGGAAAAGACAUAGAUGAUCUUAAGAGAAUCAACAACAUGAUCAUAAAGCGACUCAACCAGCUGGACUCUGAACAAAACUAGAGAAAUGAUUUUCUGAGAGCAGCUGCUAACACCUUGAGCUUCUUACUUUCCUAGGAGUGUACAGGGUUAGGAACUGAGAAAGUGCACUUCUUCAGGCAACAGAUAAUCUGGUCAGGGACCCCAGCUCUGGGGCCCUCUUUCUGCAGCAGGGUGGGAGAAACUCUAAAGCAAGUGGGUGUGGGAAUAGCAACUAGAAAGGGGUGAACUUGUCUCAGCCCCAUUUCAUGGUAGGGCACUUCAACUUGAAUUGGGUUUUUGGUGGGUGGCUAGUAGGGAGGAGAACCAACAGAAAGCAAGAGAACUUGACUAUGUACGUACAACUUCUUACAGAAGGAGCUUUGCUACCAGAACAAAUUCACUUUGUCAAUGAGGUUCAUGACACCUCAUGCGCCUUUACAGAUGCCUGGGAGAGCCUGAGAGAAGUUUUAUAUGUUGAAGGGAACCAGGUGAUUACUCUUUUCAAUAAAAGGGAGUCUGCUUAGGUGAUUAGACUUUGACUAUUUUCCCAGGGACAGCGAUGGGUGGGCCUCAAAGCUAGUUGCUGUCUAGUGUUUGCUGGUGAAAACAUGAGCAGUAGUUAUGUGGGGUUGGGGUCAAAAGGGAAAGCCUAAUUAAUUUAAUGUUUAUUAAGCUCCUACUCUGUGCAAAUCACUCUCCUCUAGAGGAGCUUACAUAAGUGUGCAUGAUAAAGAAAGGAGAUGGAUAGUUGCAUAUAAUUACAUAAGCUUUGUUUACCUUGUUUCUCAUGAAAAAACCCCUUUGGUACCCUGCAGAUUGAUUUGGAAGAAAUCUGAUAGAUUUGUGGCCUUUGCUAAACUACACUAGGAAAUUAUGUAGUUAGAAUAUUUGGAACCUGUAUUAAUUUCAGGAAUGAAAGUAAGGUACACAGCAUAUGAAAUAAGAUGCAGUGUGAAAUAAAUGAGUUUGAAAAGCAUAUGAGUCUUAGAAAAUAUUUUAUUUAAUAUCAAUAUAUUCUACCAGUCAAUUGAAGAAUGUAUUGUGAUUCUAUCAUUUUGGCUUGAUCAAAAACAUUUGGGUUUACUAGGAUAUUAAACAUUCACUUUAUAACACUAAAUAGUUAAUGAAAUAAUACAUUUUGCUUAUCCA